AUGCAGGCUCCAGUUAUAUUCAUGAAUGCGUCCCAGCAGCGUACCACUGGUCGUGAAGCGCAAAUAUCUAAUAUUACAGCAGCUAAGGCAGUCGCUGACGUUAUUCGUACUUGUCUAGGACCUAAGGCAAUGUUAAAGAUGUUGCUAGAUCCAAUGGGUGGUUUAGUACUAACAAAUGAUGGUCAUGCAAUUUUACGUGAAAUUGACGUCGCACAUCCUGCAGCAAAGUCUAUGUUGGAGUUGUCACGUACUCAGGAUGAAGAAGUUGGAGAUGGUACUACCACAGUUAUUAUCCUUGCUGGUGAGGUUUUGGCACAAUGCGCGCCAUAUAUCCUUGAAAAGAAUAUCCAUCCAGUCAUUGUCAUUCAAGCAUUGAAGAGUGCACUUUCGGAUGCGUUGGAAGUUAUAAAGCAAGUGAGCAGACCUGUGGAUGUAGAGAAUGAUGAGGCUAUGAAAAAGCUUAUUCACGCUGCAAUUGGCACAAAGUAUGUGAACCACUGGUCUGAGAAGAUGUGCGAUUUGGCAUUACGUGCUGUGAAAACAGUUAGAAUCGAUAUGGGAAAGACUUCGGAUGGUGAGCAAAAUUAUGAAAUUGAUACGAAGAGAUAUGUCCGUAUAGAGAAGAUUCCAGGUGGUGAUGUUAUGGAAUCCACCGUAUUAUACGGUGUCAUGUUGAAUAAAGAUGUCGUGCAUCCAAAAAUGUCUCGUAGAAUUGAAAAUCCUCGUGUCGUACUUUUGGAUUGUCCUCUAGAGUACAAGAAGGGAGAAUCGCAAACUAACAUUGAGAUUACAAAGGAAGAAGACUGGAACAGGAUCCUACAAAUAGAGGAAGAACAAGUCCAAUGGAUGUGUGAGCAGAUAUUGGCUGUCAAACCAGACCUUGUGAUUACUGAAAAGGGUGUUUCAGAUUUGGCUCAGCAUUACUUAUUGAAGGGUGGAUGUAGUGUUUUAAGAAGAGUUAAAAAAUCUGAUAACAAUAGAAUUUCCAGGGUCACUGGUGCUACAAUUUCUAACCGUGUAGAAGAUUUGAAGGAAUCGGACGUUGGAACUAACUGUGGAUUGUUUAAGGUUGAACUAAUCGGUGAUGAGUACUACACCUUCAUAGAUGAAUGUAAAGAACCAAAGGCAUGCAGUAUCAUGCUAAGAGGUCCAUCGAAGGAUAUUUUGAAUGAAAUUGAACGUAAUUUACAAGAUGCUAUUGCAGUUACUCGUAACGUGAUGUUGUCACCUUCCUUGUCUCCAGGUGGUGGUGCUACCGAAAUGGCUGUGUCUGUUAAGUUAUCAGAGCGUGCAAAGCAAUUGGAAGGUAUUCAACAAUGGCCAUACCAAGCUGUUGCGGAUGCAAUGGAAUGUAUCCCCCGUACUUUGAUCCAAAACGCGGGCGGUAACCCUAUUAGAAUUUUGUCUCAACUGAGAGCUAAGCAUGCACAAGGUAAAUACACAAUCGGUAUUGAUGGAGACACAGGUAAGACUGUGGACAUGCAAGAAUACGGCAUUUGGGAGCCAGAAGUCAUUAAGCAACAAAGUAUUAAAACUGCUAUCGAAAGUGCUUGUCUAUUAUUAAGAGUUGAUGAUAUCGUUAGCGGUGUCAGAAAGCAAGAACAAUGA